GGUCUCACUUCCGCUUUGGUGUCAGCGGGUCUCGUUGAGGAAGGAAGGAGGGAAGGGAGCGCGCGCGCCUGGCAGAUCUUCUGGAAGGAUUUUGCUUUUUAUGAAAAACCUCAAUCAUAUCACAAAGAACUAUGCAUUAGGAAAAAAAGUAACCACUUGGUGCAGAAAAAAAUACAACGUAAAAAGAUGAAUAGUGAAGAGGAAUUUUAUGAUGCCGUUACAGGCUUUGAUUCUGAUAAUUCUUCCGGAGAAUUUUCAGAAGCAGUUCAUAAAGUUGAUGUGGAUGCCCACCAAAGUCAUCGGGCAGGAAGACACAAUGGAGAUGGGCCAUUGCAAGAGAAUGGAAUCAAGAAACACAGGACAACAUUGCCUGCCCCAAUGUUUACUAGGAGUGAUUUCAGUGUCUGGAGUAUCUUGAAAAAAUGUAUUGGACUGGAGCUGUCUAAGAUUACCAUGCCUAUUGCCUUCAAUGAACCCCUGAGCUUCCUCCAACGGAUAACGGAAUAUAUGGAACACACAUACCUCAUUAAUAAAGCAUGCUGUCAUUCAGAUCCUUUAGAAAGAAUGCAGGCUGUUGCUGCUUUUGCUGUCUCUGCUGUGGCCUCUCAGUGGGAGAGAACUGGCAAACCAUUUAACCCUCUCCUUGGAGAAACAUAUGAAUUAAUCAGGGAGGAUUUAGGUUUUAGAUUUAUUUCUGAACAGGUUAGUCAUCACCCACCUGUCAGUGCAUUUUAUUCAGAAGGCUUAAAUCAGGACUUCAUUUUUCAUGGAUCAAUUUACCCUAAACUGAAGUUCUGGGGGAAGAGCGUUGAAGCGGAACCUCGGGGAACAAUAACAUUGGAACUCUUGAAGCAUAAUGAGGCUUACACGUGGACAAAUCCUACAUGCUGUGUACAUAAUGUAAUUAUUGGCAAGCUCUGGAUAGAACAAUAUGGGACAGUAGAAAUUAUAAAUCACAGUACUGGGGAUAAGUGUAUACUUAAUUUUAAGCCUUGUGGACUAUUUGGUAAAGAACUUCACAGAAUAGAAGGCCACAUUCAGGACAAAAAUAAGAAGAAACUUGCAGUUAUCUAUGGCAAAUGGACAGAAUGUUUAUGGUGUGUUGAUCCUUCCACUUAUGAAAACUACAAGAGGAAUGAGAGGAAAGGUGGCGACCAGAAGAAGCCAAAGCCGAGUGAGGAACCUGAAAACGAUGAAGCUGAUGAUAUGCCAGAAAUCCAAGAGACUGUACAAGUCAUACCUGGCAGUAAGCUACUUUGGAGGAUAAGUACUAGACCACCAAAUUCAUCUCAGAUGUACAAUUUCACCAGUUUUGCUGUCAGUCUCAAUGAAUUGGAAAAGGGCAUGGAAGAAGUGUUGGCCCCCACUGAUUGCCGAUUGCGGCCAGACAUCAGACACAUGGAGAACGGAGAAAUAGAUCUGGCUAGCAAAGAAAAAGAGAGGCUAGAAGAGAAGCAGAGAGCGGCCCGAAAGGAACGUGCAAAAGAUGAAACUGAAUGGAAAACAAGAUGGUUUUAUCAAGGAACUAAUCCAUAUCUCGGGACUCCUGACUGGUUAUACACAGGAGGGUACUUUGAUAGAAACUUCUUUGACUGUCCAGAUAUAUACUGAAAUUUUGAAUGCAGUUGCUCCUUUGCCCAGGAAUCAGUCGACUUCAAUGAAUCAAGUGACGCUCUGGCUUUACCACGACUAGAAAGCACCUUUUUUUCUAAAGCAAAGUUUUAAUGAAAAGUAUCAGUUGCUGAUCAAGGAUUUCUCAUUUGUUUUGAUUGCCAAAAUAUUUAAAUAUUGUUUCCCCCCCUCUUUUGAAGGUACGGCCUGAAAUUAAUCAUGUUUCAGAAGAAAGUGGCUGCCAUGUUUUUUUGUUUGCUUUCCCUUAUCUAUCAUUUUACGUUUCAUUAACAAAUCGUAGUGAGUGGAGAGGCUGUGCCUUUAUUAAAACUGAGCUGACAGCCACAUGGUUCCUUUUAUUGUAGCUAUAAAGGAUGCCUUUAGAGUAUUCACUGCUCGGAGAAACAGUGCUGAGUCGGUACAAAGAAAUGCAGUUGUGGCCAUUGGAGAGGUAUCUCAUAGGAAUUGGAGCAACUGGGAUUCUUGGGAGUAAUUUCUGAAUCAUUUCUAAUUUUAAAGGCUUCACAGUUGUAGCAAGAGAACAUUAGGCUUAGGUUUCAGAAGCUGUUACUCUAUUCUGCCUCAGUCUUUGGCACUGUGAUUAUCAAUUCAAGGAAGUACCUGUGACAUUUUUUUUAAAAAGACAAACUACUAUAGUGAAUGUUCGGUGCGGCUUGUAGGUAUUCCUACAAACACUCGCCUGUCUGAGGUUUCAGAACAUUUUGUUUCUAAAACACAGGAGAUUUUGGAGAUAUUUCUAGGAACAUGGGUGUUGUGCAUAGAUCAUGUAUGAAAUCAAACAUUUUUGCUUCUGUUCAGAUACUUUUUUGUCUCCAGUACUGCUUUUGGCAGCCUGACACAAUUCAGGAUGUUUAGGCUGAUUUGCAAACAUGCACCCUUCUCCUUCUUUGGCUUUACUUGGAAUGUAUCUACAAAAGGUUUAUGUUUGUUUUACAUUUUAGUGCAUGUUUUGAAGUAUUUACUACAUUACAACCUGUAGUAUCUUCUUAAAAAGCAAUGGCUAUCUUCUUAUUUUUGGCUAAAACUGAGUGACAUGAUGGAAGCUUUCACUGACUUUCCAAUAGGGAUAACUUUCCUGAGAGUGGAUUUGUUCUUUCAGAUUUAAAAUAUGAAAGCCAUAUAAUCCCAAAUUUGUUUGAAUUUUGAGGGGAAAUAUUUUUCUUUUUACUUAUGUAUUUCCAUAAGAAAAGUGAAUCUUUGUAUGUGAGAGCUAUAAAAAGAAGUUAUAAAUUGGCCAGAUGUUUAAAAUGCUUCAAAAACUAAAUUUAGGUAGAUUCAAACAUGGUAUGAAAGGUUCAUAGAAACCAAUUUAGUGAUUAGGGUAUGACAAUAAUCAGUUAAGCAAUCUGCUAUACCACUUUGGAUAUUCCUCCAUUAUCCUUAUGCAAAUGUAUGGCCAUAUACGUAUUGUUGGAUUGCAACUCCCAUCAUCCUUUUCCAUUGGCAUCACUGAUGGGAGUGGUAGUCUAGCUUCUGAAAGGUCAUAUAAUCUCUGAUUUAAAAUGUCCAUCCUGGCUAAUGGUUUUUAUACUUGCAAAUGUCAAUCUCCAACUUAGUGUUUGAGUUUUAUCUAAAGGGGAAUGAAACAUUCAAAGACAAGGGAAAAAGCAAUGGGUUACACAGAUUUUUUCCCCACAGUGCCUAUAAAGCAGGAGAACUUGACUUCGGAGAACAUUUGAGGCAAUAAAAGACACUACUUUGAGAAGUGUCUCUGACCAGUGUGUACCUUGUUCUGAGCACUUAAACCCAAUGUCCUUGAGUGUAAUUUAGUACAUGUAGUAGUACCGUGUUCUCCCUUCCUUUCAGUGGGCUUUCCCUUUAAGGCACUUGGCCACACAUUUACUCAUAUUAUUUGUGUUUCUCUUUCCCGUUGCAUUGAAUACUGCUACUGAUUACAAUUGAAUUAAUGGUAGGGAAACAAAUAGUAAAUUUCUCUUGUUUUCUCCAAUAUUUGAUUCCAUCCAGAAAGCAGUAGUCAUUUUCCUCCCUCUCUCUUCCUUGCCAAACAUUCAAGUUGCAAGGAAAAGGAUCCCCACAACAAGUAAAUAAAUAUAAGUAUAAUAAAAACCGAUUCUACUUUUGCCCAGUAAAGCCUGAUGGAUAGAUUGGGAUAUCUGGAGCCCUAAUAGCCUGCUCAUAGGAAUAAUAAAGUUUUGAAGUGAAUUUUCCCCUGUUACAAGUUCCUAAGAAAUGUGUAACUUUUGAGUCAAAAAUCUAUAUUGAAAAUGCUACAUCUGCUCUUGCCUUCUCUGUAGAGACAAAUAGAGAUCUGUGAUGUCGAAGGCUUCAUGGCCGGAAUCACUGGGUUGCUGUGAGUUUUCCGGGCUGUAUGACCGUAUUCCAGAAGCACUCUCUCCUGACGUUUCCCCCACAUCUAUGCUAGGCAUCCUCAGGGGUUGUGAGAAUCUCACAACCUCUGAGAAUGCCUGUCAUAUAUGUGGGUAAAAUGUCUGAAGAGAAUGCUUCUGGAACAUGACCAUACAGCCUGCAAAAAAUCACAGCAACCAAAAUAGAAAUCUGUCCAAUAUUUGAAUUUCAAUUUGCAGAAGAAACUCAUUACACUAGACUUAUUUUUUUUAAUGUACAGAUAAAUAUUUCAUUUAGAUUCCACCACGAGGUAAAAAAUAACGCCUUGUAUUUUCUGAAAUGUUCAAUUAUGUUGAAAUUCAUGCUUUGUUUCUAUUUAUAACAGUCUAUGUUUAGUUUUUAAAGAAGAACAACAGAAUGUAAUUGUCCCAUAAACAGUCAGUAAAUAAUGUCUACCUGUUCUGCGUCCCAUCCUUCCUUCCCAGGCAGACACCAUGUUAAUGUCUUGGAUACAUCACUGGUUCUUGCGCCAUGUAUUUAAAACACCACAUGGGGAAACCCAGGGUUCCUCUGCAGCUUAGGUGGGAUCGCUUAGUAACUGCUUCUCUACAAAGGAUGGCUCCUACUGGGAGUAACUAGUUCUUACAGAUUGCAAAAUAAUUUUUCUAAUCUUUGAGCCAUUAAUUUCUGUCCUGCCUCAUCAAUCUAAGAGGUCAGAAGAGCUUCAAAUUAAUACCCAUACUAAACCUCGAGGGUCUUAAGAGCUUUAAUGAUCAUGUAUUGUUGAAGGCUUUCAUGGCUGGAAUCACUGGGUUGUUGUAAGUUUUCUGGGGUGUAUGGCCAUGUCCCAGAAGCAUUCUCUCCUGAUGUUUUGCCUGCAUCUAGGUUGUGAGGUCUGAGGAUGUCUGCCAGAGAUGCAGGUGAAAUGUCAGGAGAGAAUGCUUCUGGAACAUGGCCAUACAGCCCAUAAAACUCACAACUACCCAUUUAAUGAUCAUGUUAAAUUACAUUACUUUAAAAAGAUACUCACUUGUUUUGUUUACAUUAAACUUGCACUUGUUCUUGGUACCAUCUUCUUAAUUCAAGCACUGCCUUACAAGAGCUGACAAUUUGACGCCUCUCCGAGGAGGAAAAAGCACUUUUAAAACUAAUCAUGUUAACUGUUAAGGUAGAUAUAACUGAAAGAUUGUUUUUUAAAAAAAUAAAUAAAAAAUGGAGAAUAGUUACUUAUUUGCUUGGCUGCUCAUUUCCCAUUUUAUCUACCUUGAUCUGUGGGUUUGAAUUAAGGCUUUGUGCAUAAAUUAGUCCCAGCACAAAAGUAUUGCUUCCUCUCUGAUACAAAGGAGGACUUCGAUGUCCACAUGUGUAUCCUCAAUGUGAGACUGAAGUAAAUAGGAAAACUUUGCCAGCACAAAGGAUGUAUAUAUUAAAUCUUGGUUCAGCUUUUGUCAGGAUCAUUAUUUUGCCUCUUGGUAAGGAGGUAAACUCUAUUUACUUCAAGAUAGAUGCAACAUUAUCACAAUCUACAGCUAUAAGAAAAUAAGACAACACUAGAAUAGAUCACUUUUGGCAUACAAUGUAGGUCAUUAACCUGCAAUAAAAUAAAUAUCUCAGUAAUAUAUUUUACAGAUACCUAAUACAGCCAGAAACCUAGUUAUUGCUUCAUUUCAACAUGCAGUUUAUAUAACUGGCUGCAUUGCUCUUACAUUUGAUUUGACAAGGUUCCAGAUUUCUGAAAACACUACUAAUUUUACUAGCAAGGUGGCAUUGAGUGCACAGUAUAGUUUGGGUUUUUAAAAUUCCAUUAAUUUCACUCAGAUAUGAAAAUAUAAUUGAGUUUAUCCCUAUCACACCUAGUCUACAAUCUGUAAUCGAUCAUACAGUAUAGAGCAAGCAUGGGCAACUUUGAUCCUCCAGGUGUUUUGGACUUCAACUCCCAUAAUUCCCAACAGCCUCAGGCCCUUUCCUUUUCCUCCUCAGCCACUUAAGAUGCUGUUAGGAAUUAUGAGAGUUGAAGUCCAAAACACCCGGAGGACCAAAAUUUGCCCAUGCAUGUUAUAGAGGUAUUUUAACUUAUGAUACAUUUGUGAAUCCUUGACUUAAAACGUUAAGAUGCAAAACUUUGUUUUCAUGACAAAUUAUACAAAAUUAUAGAAUUCUGACUGAUGUAUAAACAUUUUAAGUCAGCAGUUAUAAACUCAUAGACAAAGAUAUGUGAAUCACAAAGGUCUUUCACAAGCUUUCCAAAUACAUAUUUUUUGCUCGAAGUGUUUCUUCCCAAAUAUGGACAAGUUCCAAAAAUCUUUGGAUCACUGACAUGUGAUUCUGAAAAAUAAAAAUAUCUAUUUUGUGUUGUAAUCAUCCAAACAGUUCAGAUGGCUGGUGUGGUCUUUAAUCUUCCUCCUGUUCACUGUACUCUGUGUACUUAAAUGAAAUGUAGAUGUUCCUGUUCACGUAGUGUUUUAAAACUUACAUUAAUUUCACAAUGUACUGUAAUGUUGCCUCUCAAAAUACAUACGUGGUUUGGGGUUAAUUGUAAAAUAAAGCAAUAUUUAAAUUUAUGUAAAGCUAAUGGUUCUAACACAGAAAUUGAUUUUUUUAGUAUGAUUUUUAUAGCAUGGGGAGGGGGAGUAAAACAUUAUAUAUAUAAGUAUCUAUAUACCCCUUGCUCCCCAGUUUCCCAGUCCACUCUCUGCUGCUACUGUUGUUGUUCUGUUUUGCCUUCUUUGUUUUGCUUUAUCCCUGUUAAUAAUUUGCAUACACUGUACAAUCUGCCUGGAAUUAUUUUUUUGGUCCAAGUCACUUGAGUGGGGCUUGUUCUGGAAAGCAAUACCAGGCUGACUGUGCCCCACUGUCUUCUUUUUUCCCCCUUUCCCAUGUUGCAUGAAAAAUGUUGGAGGAUAUUAAUAAAAAAAGGCUUUAGUGAAAUGGAUUUAUUUUUAUAAUAUUUAAUAACUGUCAAUACCCAUCUAUAUUAACUAUAUGAAAUCAUAUUACCUUUUUAGAUAAGUCUGUACAGGUUUGUGGACUUAAAUGUUUAAAAUGUCAAAGCAAAUAAAGGUUGUUUUGGAGAAGAGAA